UAUGUGCUUUAAUAGAGUGUAACUGUGCUGAAUGAAGUUAAAAGAAGGCAUAAAAAGACGGCGAGGCUUGGACGUUUAGCGCCAAUUUAAAUAAACUCCCUGACGUCGCUGCUGAAACUCAUAUAUUCUGCACAAGGCGCGAGCUCAGAGGAACUAGCCGACCCGGACAAGCAGUCGUAGAGCAGCUCUGUAUCUGAACGAACAGCAAACUGUUCAACUGGUGCGGUCACGUUUUAGUUUUAAGUCGUGGAAAAGAGUGAACUUCAAGGGCAGAGUCUUGGGGUUUGCUCAGAAAGUGUCAUUAACCCCCUCGGAGUAUAAUGCAAAGGCAACGGGAAGAGAAGGAACCAAAGUCUGUCGCUCCCGAAGCUUCCAGAGAAGUAACACUACGACCGAGGAAGAGGAAGGCAGAUGUUGCUGUUUAUUUACAAGAUCUGGAUGAGGAGGUAGCAGAGAUGACAAAGAAGAAGCAUCGUGAGUGUGAGCUCUUUCCUGAUUCGGAUUACACAAGUCCGCUCAGGUGGAUCCCAACACCUGAUCAGGAAGAGGACCCCCAGGUUUCCCUGAUAAACAGAGGCUUCCUGCAUUGCAACUUUCACAACAUAUAUGCGACUCCUGUCCAUUGUGCCCCGCUGCCUGUGUUGUGUUGGGCCAGUAAAGAUGUGGUGUGGAACAACAUGUUGGAGAAGGAUAAGACCUACACCAGAGAUGUUCACAUGCUGGAGAAGCAUCCACACCUGCAGCCCAAAAUGAGAGCGAUCCUCCUGGACUGGCUUAUGGAGGUUAGUGAGGUGUACAAACUGCACCGGGAGACCUACCACCUCGCUCAGGACUACUUCGACCGCUUCAUAGCCACACAGAGCAACGUCUUCAAAUCCACGCUGCAGCUCAUCGGCAUUACUUGUCUGUUCAUCGCAGCCAAAGUGGAGGAGAUGUAUCCUCCCAAAGUCCAUCGUUUUGCCUACGUUACAGAUGAAGCCUGUACAGAAGAUGAUAUUCUCUGUAUGGAAAUUAUAAUUAUGAAGGAGCUGCAGUGGAGUCUCAGCCCUCAGACUCCCGUCUCCUGGCUCAAUGUUUACAUGCAGGUGGCCUACCUGAGCGACACAGAGGAGCUGCUCAUCCCCAAAUACCCUCAGACGACCUUCACACACAUCGCAGAGUUGUUGGACCUGUGUAUGCUUGACAUGCGCUGCCUUGAAUUUUCCAACGGCAUCCUUGCUGCUUCAGCUCUGUUUCACUUUUCCUCUAUGGAGCUGGUGGAAAAUGUCUCAGCUCUGAGGAGGGGGGAGGUGGAGGAGUGUGUGAGGUGGAUGGUACCGUUUGCCAUGGUGCUGCGGGAGGUUGGUGGAACGCCUAUGAAAACAUUCCCAGGCAUCCCUGCAGACGACAUGCACAACAUCCAGACCCACGUCCCCUACCUCACAUGGCUGGACAAAGCCUACUCGUACCAGCAGGCAGACUUGGAACAUCAGAGCAGCUGUCCCCUUCCUUCCGGCGUCCUGACGCCGCCUCUGAGCAGCGAAAAGACUGAAGACGUGGUCCUAGACGAUGCUUUGGUACUGAAACUUAAACCAAGGAUGCGUACUACAUCCCCCCCAAAACCCUCUUCUGGAUUAGCAGGCACUGAAGCUAACAAGGAAAGCUAACUUUCAUUGGAUCGUCACCUUCUAGCUGCAGGUGGAAGAAGGAAAGCUGCAUCUAAAAUGGAUACCAUGGGGUUUGGUGGGGACUGGAUGGAUCAUACUGAUUACAUGCAUCUGGGUGUUUGUGUCCCUGUAAGGUGCAGAUACUAACUGGUUAAGCUGGGGGAGCGCUGAGAUGGACACCAACCAUCAGAGGGCCAACAGAUGGCACAGCCAGUGCUGUGACUUAUAUUUUUACUAAAUUCUUGCAUUAAUUGCUGACCACAUCUGAAUUUAGUGGGUUUUAUUGUUUUCUAUGCAGAGGUUUAACUGAAUGACAUUUUACAGAUUCUCUACCUGAUUGUGUUUUAAUGAUGUUUUCACCUGUUAGUGGCCUCCGUUGCCCAGUCACUAUUUCUAGAGUCUUAUUUGACUCUGUGCUGCUACAAUGUGGGCUUUGCAUGAUGGAAGGUAUAUGUAUGUGUGUGUGAUUUGUUUUUCUUUUUAUUUUUUUGGUUGUCAUCUUGCCGUUUCUAUUGGCCAGCGUGGCCUUGCUUUGCUUUGGGACCAGUAGCUCGGCUACAUGAGAGGGCAGGUGGAACCAGCCAGGCUUCAAAAGCUCGAAUAUUGAUUGUAUUUAACUUUGUUUUGAUCCCAGACUACAGUUUGCUUUUCUCGUCACCAAAAUGUAAGAUUUUUAUUUGACUUUUUAAAAUAAAAUGCUGCUACGUGUUUUUCAUUGAAA